GGGAGGAGAGAUGGAAAAGAAGGGACGGAGAGAGGAAGGAAGAACUUUGGAGAGAACGGACAGGGAUGAGGACUAAAGCGACUGAGAUUCAGAUGUUAGGACUCAACAGCUAAUGGACAAAAAUAUUUCUCAUGUGCAGAUGCAGAAUCAUCUCUGGACAAGGAUGUAGACCAGCAUGGACAUGACAAUGCCAUCUUCUUGCUUGCAGCCUCUCCUGUGCAUUCUCCUCCCUUUGCACUUUGCAGGCACAGAGGCUCACCCUUACCUCCGCCCAAAUGUCACCCUGCUGUUUGACAGUGCUGUGCACAGCAACAGCUUGCGCAACUGCACCUGCACAGCAGCAGUGCGCCAUUGCGACGAGGCGCUAGCUAACCUGCUGUGCAGCUGCAGCACCAUUUCUCGCUCAUCACUGAUCCCUGGUGGCCUGAGAUGGGAUGGCGGGCAGAUGGGCGGGACACUAACAGUGUGGGUGCGCGAACCCUGGGUGCUGAGGGAUCUCCUGAACGGCAGCCAGGUCUCAGAGCUCCGACUGUCUCUGUGUGCCCCAGUCCCAAUCCCUGGCCCGGCCCAGUAUCUCACUCUCGUGGGUCUGAGGAGGCUUCAGGUGUACACUUCUGCCAAAAGCACACUGCACCAGGACCAAGCCCUGAACAUCAUCUCCGAAACAGGGCCGGAUGCACGAGACAGCGGCCUCAGAAUCGCCUUUUUGGACGUGUGGUCACUGUCUGGGGUUUUUCACUUGAAGGCCUACAGUGUGGUGGGACCUCCGCUCCAGGCACUCAAGCAGCAUUUCCCCAACCUCAACCUCUCUGGAAAAGAUGUUCAGAGCAGUGACCUGGAAAGGAUGCUAUCAAUCCUAACUUUUAUUUACUAGACCAGAGGAGAGUUUUACAGCCAGGCCU